AUGAAAACUCGUAAGUGUUGUGUAAAAGGAUGCACUAGUGUAAAAAGAAACCCUAAGGUUUCUUUUUUUAAUGCACCUAAAGCUAAUUAUUUAGCUUGGAACUUAGCAGUGAGUAAUGCUAACCGUGAGAAAACAGUAGUAAAACGUGUAUGUGCUGAACAUUUUCAACCUGACGAUAUACUAAAUACAUAUUCAGUUCCUGACGAUGUUGCCAAUGAAGUUGGAAAUAGAAUCAAAAUUGGUUUAAAAAAGGGGAGUGUUCCUUCCAUUUUUCCUUCUGUUGAUAAAAUAAGUAAUGAAUUGAUACCUUCUGUCAAUAAUUUGAAUUCUGAUCACAAUUAUGCCAAUUGUUCAGUUAGUCAUCAAGUCAAUAAAUCUAAAAUAAAAAAGUUAUUCAUAGAAAAUGUCAGAAAAAAUACGUCUGAAAAUAUUGUUGAAAUAUUGACAUUUAAUGACCUAACAGUACAUUUUAAAAGAGCCGUAUUACCAGAAGGAUGGACUUCACAUUUUAGUAAUGAUGAAAUUGUUUUUUAUAAACCAAAAUUCAAUGAUGAUAAAAUGAAAAUAGAAAAACAAAUAGUUUUUAAAAGUACGUUGGAAAUAUGUGUUUAUGUUUACCAAUUUACUAUUCAAACUGAAAAAAUAAGCAGCACAUUAAAAUAUCCAAUUAGCUUAACAAGUCUGGCUGAAUUAAUUAAAGUUCUUGAUUUAAAAAAAAUUUGUGGAGGUGGUCCAAGAUCAAUCAAUUUUCCAGGAGUUCAAGUUAAAACUGCAAUCUUGGAAAAUAAUCAAUUGUGGCGUCACCAAAAAUGUCCAAUUUUAAUAGACAUAAAAACAAAAAAAUGUUCAGCCUGCAACUUCUUGAUUAAAUAUUUUGGGAAAUCGUCGAAGCAAGUAAAACAAUCAACACACAUUGGAUGUACUCUUUCGCCAACAAAAUGUAGUAUAGUAAAAAAUUUGAAAAGAUCCAAUGCAAGGCUAAAGACUUCUAUUACAAAGAUCAAUUUUGAAUUGAAAGAGCUACAAGAAAAACAAAAAAACUAUCAAAUGACUGAACAAAACAAAUCUCAGAUUCAGAAAAUUUAA